AUGGAAUCUCAGGACGGUAUCGAUGUCCGCCCUAUGAGGCUGAAAGUCCUUUACACAUUCGACAACGAAAAUAAGACCAAUUGCCUGGCUCGGUGGCCACACGUGCUUGACAUCCAAACAGCCUUUCUGGACGAGAACACACCGGUUGGAGUAAUCGAGUUGAAAACAUGCAUCCAGGCAAUUGUCUCUGCUAGCCCGGAGCUUGUCGGUCAAUUAGGAAAGGAUUAUACCGUCUAUGCCUACGACUAUUCCGAAUUCGAGACCCCUCUUGUCGGCCAAGGCAUGCUUUCUGCGGUGCUGGCCACCUUCUCAUCGACAACCGAGACACCCAACCAACAGUCGAAGACCAUGAUUACUGGUCGAGUUUGCAAGAGCCCUCUCAGUGGUCUCUUCUCCAAAGGUGCUCAAGAGACGUUGGAGGUCAAACUUCGGCUGGUGCCUGUCCCAACCGUCACUCAGAGCGACUUUGACACACAAUCAUGGGCAAGUUUUGUUCGUCAAAACCCCACCCUCCUGGAAUCCUCAAGAAGCCAAAGCCAUAACGACAACGUCGGAUCUCCGAUACAUCAAUCUGGGAUUGAGAGAUUCCACCAGCUCUUGAGCGAAGGCUCCACGCCACGAGAGUUCGCUACAUUCCACCACAAUGGAUCGGUCCGUUCGGUAUCGCCUUCACACUCAUACGCCGGCAGUCGAGUGUCAACACCUGGUGGAUGUCGAACGCCAGCUCACCAUCAGUCUUACCCCAAGCAGAGUAUCCCCCAUAGCGAUAUGAUUCGCCCGUCCUCAAGCGCCUCUAUGCGGGACUGCGACAACCAGACUCAGCUUUCACACGUCUCACAAAGCAACAUUCGAAGAGGGUCUAUGCAGUCAGGAUACGGAAGUGGUGAUGAAGAAUCAACGGAGGCCCCAGCCAGGAAGAGGGCCAAGGUGUAUCAAGCAAACUGGCCCGGGAAGUCAGGCAUGAACAUCGAAAGACAACCGAGUUCGCUUCGGGUUGCAGCCAGCACGGCGGCCUCUGUACGAAUCCACCGCCCAACCCCGGUGAACCCUGCUCUCACGGCCGAGCAUUCCCACGAAGAGCCCGUCCGUCCACCCACCCCCAUAUCUCGACCAUCUGAUUUCCCCCGUCGAAGCCGACCCACGGGCAGUUUGUUGCGGGAGUCGUCCAGCAUGAGCAUUGCCUCGUGUCCUGCUGAGUACACUUCUCCGUACUGUAUGAGCGAUGAUAUCCCUACCACAGACGCUGGCGGUCCCUCUCCUGAGGAUAGUCGCUACCAGGGUCUCUUUGAGCCAUCCUUCAACAUGCCAUCAUCACCUCCAGUUUUCGAUAGCCGGUUGCCCAAUAGGUCAAGCCCUGUCUUGCCUACGAUGUCUCUGGACAAUGACUCCGGCUUCAUGAGUGCAGGACCGGAUGAAAUCAUGGACGAUGAAACCGUUAUUCCCCUAGAUGACCCCAGAAUGGAAGUGUCUCGUGGGAUAACCCGGGACAAGUGCUCUGUUCGAGCUACCGUGCAGGCAAGCUCUCCAGUGAGCAUGGUUAGUGCUGCCCAGGGAACCAACAAUGAUCCUCUUCCCGUCGAUGAUAAUCCAACGGAGCAAAUUGCAAAGCAAGCGCCGCAACCGAUAUCUCGUGCUGCCCCUUCUCGCCCCGCGCAAUCCCGUCCCGCAUCCCGUCCCGCCACAGCUACCGCAUCAAGACCUUCUUCGAGCUCUGGCGCGCAAAGAUUGGCACCCAAACCGCUCGCCCCGGCGCCACAGAUCUUCCACAAUGAAGUUCCCCAACUGUUUCGCGCAAUCCCUGCCAGCGACCCCAUUAUUCCUCCUCGCUCUGCUGGGCCUUUGGAUGUUACUUUCAUGCCGUGUGAGACAGCUACUUCCAGUACUAAGCAGUCAAAGCAACCGUCGAAGCCAAAGUCAAUGCCGAAGCAGGGAGCCAAGCCAGUUCCCAAAAACAUCAAGGCACGUCUGGAUAAUGCUAUUCUCAACGGCUUAAUCCCGCCUCUUCCCCCCAUGCUCUAUUGGGAGGCGGUGGACCGAAACGCCAAGGGUGAAGUGCAAUGUUUCAAGAUCUACAAAAAGGCUCUUGAGCAGGACGAUAAUGAUUGGGAUCAGAUGACCUUCUGCAAUCCUUGUGGUUUGUGGCUCCACAAAUUCAAACAAAUGCGCCCGGAAGACAAAUGGACCAAGCCAGGAGCCCCAAAGCCGGCCAAAAAGAACAACAAAAAACGUCCUUCGAGGAACCGCGGGGAGGGCCAGACCAAGUCCUGUCCUGCUGCCAGAACUCGCAGUAAGGCCGCACCGAAGAAACCUUCGGCUUCCUCUCCAGCACCCACUGAGGCGUCUUCUGUUCAUCCUGACGGGGAGACUCCCCAAAUGGAUGACGACGAUGAUGGCGAACCGGAUUAUUCGCCUAACGAGUCUCCUCGAGGCACCAGUGCCGAGUCGGAAGGGACGUUCGAUACCCCAGGACGCCGUUGGUCCAAGGAGGACGCCAGGGAGGUUAUCGCACGCGCCACUAAGUCUAGCCCCACGAGCCGUGCAAAAUCCCGCUCUGCUCCGAUGACAGAUGGCAACAGUCACACCCCCAAGCCUUUGAGAAGGUCACUUUUCCAAAAUUCCCAGAAUGAUGGGCCUCUGAAGGAGCUUGAUUCUUCUAUGGUGAACAGCUGCUCUCCACGCCGCAGCCCUCGCAUUGCCUCCACGAAGGAUGACAAGCCGGGUCAGCUGAAGGAGAACCUUGCACCCACCCCGGUCCUUCCAUUGGAUUUGAUUCAGCAAGCCCUACCCCCUCGACGAAACCCGCGGAUCAACGCGAUUGACAAGCGUUUGUCUUUCCCUGCGAACUCUCCAAGCCUCAACAAACGCAAGGACCUAGGCUCGGUUAUGUCUCCAGCUCGACUCUCCGCAGAGCGCCUGCAGCGUAUCCAAUCAAUCCACGGAAGUCCUCAGUCAUCAUCGCGGCAACAGAAGUCCCCGGCUAAACAACAGUCUUUGGCACCACAGCCUGCCAACAACAGUCUUCCGGAAACCUUCCAGUCUCUUGAUGGCAUGAUGCUCGAUAUCUUUGAUGACGCCGACAAGACUGAUGCUUUCUUCGACAUGGAGAACGACAAAUUCGCCGGUGACAACUGGGCGGAGUGGCUUCCAACGGACUACGUCUCCCCUGCUGGAUCCUGCGAAACUCCUGCCAACGAGUUGCUCAACGCUCUCUUCUCGGACAACCCCAAUGAGAAAGACAGCUUCAACCCCGACCUUCUCCCUUUCAAUUUCAACGAUGUUGUCAUUCCCGACUCCGGCUUCUUCAGUUCGGAUGCUCUCACCACCGAUGUAUCCAAGAGCCAGCCCGAAGGCCAAUAG